ACAAGCCUGUUGCUGUUUACUGUUCACAGGCGAAGUAACUGGGAUUUUCUUCUGUUUUUUCCUUUUCUUAUCGUCCAUAUAAGCAGCGAAGCAACAUGCACAUCGUGCUGAUACAGUCGUUAAUAAUUCUGUCGUGAAUGUAUUAUCACUCCAAACUGGAUGGGAGAAGAUAUACAAUUAGCACUGAAUUAGCAGCACUACACUUAAACUUUGCGUUAGGCCCGUUUAAAGAGGCCGCCGGUGAUGAGUGCUAGCCGGGUUAUAACGUCGACAGCCGUCAGGAGGAAAGCUGAGGUCAGCCGGAGCAUGAAGCCCCGAGGAGCCAACAAGGUGCUGGCCGAGAGGAACCAGGCGGUGGUGGCGGUGGGAGCCUGGGUGGAGGGCGGAGAAGACAUCCCGGAGCAUCCGUCUGAGCUGGCUUUGCUAACUGAUGAGCUCCAGGCAGAGAAGAAGAGGGAGAAUGAAGAGAGCCUGCGAAGAUUUCAAGAUGAAGUGCGCCACCGUGUGGCACAAGUCAGCAAGAAGAGACAGCAGUUUCCAAAAACAGACUCAGUGAUUAAACCUGAUCGGAGAAUCCCACAACAGCGUCAGGACUGGACUCAGCAUGUUUCUGCUGGUGAAAAGCUGAUGUUUGUCUCUCCUCAGAGGGAGAAACACUUUUCCAGGCUGAUGGAGAGGAGCUCAAAGGAGCCAAGUGAAGGCAUGAGGCAGGUGAGACUCAGACUGGCUGCCUGCCGGAUGAUCCCACAAGGGGAAGUGACGUCAGAUCUUCCUGGAGGCGAGUGGAACAUCUCUCCAAGCAGGCAUAAAGAUAAAUCUCAUGUGCCAAGAGCAGAGCAGGAAGUGGAAGACGAUGAGGAGGAAGAAGAGGGAGAUGAUCUGCUCUUCUCUAGUCAACAUGAAUGUCCCCUUGUUCAGCAGAAUAUCAGCAGCGGCACCUUUCAUCACAGUUUGGUGAGUGAACGUGAGUUGUGGGAUACUGGCCGAUCACAACCUGAUCCUCGUUUUAAGUCCAGCCUCAGAGACCCUCAGGUCCUGUGGCCCCUGGCUGAACAAGAAGAACUGAAAAGACAGCGUCAGUCUCAGUUCCUUAUGCACCGCCGUUUAUACAUGAACAUCGAGAGAGAGCAAGUGAAGGAGAACAAACAACACAGGAAACACCUGAAGAGGACGGCAAGGAUCAAAGCAGAGAAAGAACAGAUUCGUCAGGAGGAAGAAAGAAAGUUGGAGAGAGCACGGCAGCUCGCAGAUGCCCGACAGAAGCUGGAGGAGAGAGAGCUGCUGAUUCUGGAGCGACUGAAGCUUGAGGAGGAGGAGCGAGCGGUGGAGCUGGAGAGGAGGAAAAAACAGGAGAAAGGAAAAGUAGCUGCAAGGUUCAUUGAGGCUCUGAGAGCUCAGAUGAAGCAGCGUCUGUCUCAGGAGAAGCUGGAGCUCCCUCCUCUUUGCUGCUGUGCGUCCUCUUUCUGGGACUCCCACCCCGACACCUGUGCCAACAAUUGUGUCUUCCACAACAAUCCCAAAGCAUACGCCCAGGCAUUACAUUCAGCAAUGUUGAGUCUGGAUUUACAAUAAAGGAAGAUGAUGAGCUGCAGUGGAGAUUGUCUGGAAGAAACAGGCUCCUUGCUGUCUGCUUUCUGAAGGAGAAGUCCGACAUGUUUUGAAAUACAGAGUAAAUUGUCGAACCCAGAGUCAGACGACAAGACUCAUACAAGUUUUGUCCCUGUAAGUCCUCCUUAGAGAUACGUCCAGGACAUGUUUAUCCUCCAGACUUUUCAUCUGCCACCCUCAAUAAGUCAGCAGAUUUUUAACAUGAUAUAUUUCAACAUCAGUGAUAUAUUUCAACAUCUACAAUGAAUGUGCACAAACUUUUGCAUUUUUGGGUUUAGAAUGAAAUAUCAGUUCAAACGUUGUUGGAUUGCCAAUUUAGCUUAAAGCACCACUGUGGCUCAGUGUAGCCUCACAGAGCUGCUGGUGUAGAUGCAGAUUCUGUCAUGUUCUGCUAUUGUUGAAACUGAGCCUUUUUUAUGCUUAUUCUACAUUUUGACUAUUUUAUAUUUAUUAAACCACACUGGACUUUACCUGGUAUAUUAUUAUCAUAGUUAUCGUUAUUAUUAUUACAGACAUUAUUUAUUAAUGAAUUUCUCUCUAUAGGUAAUUAAUGUAGUGGUUUUACAUGAUUAAUAAAGCAUCAGGGAAGUCUAUACAUGUGUAAUUGUGUUUUUGAGUGCUGAACUGGUGAAUCUGUUUUGUGAUUGCUCACCGUAAUGUAGGGAUCUGAUCUUCUAUUUUAGCUAAGGUCAACUUUCAGGGCUGGAUUUAAAAAAAAUGUUUUAAAUAGACUGAUCUCUGUAUGGUGCUACUUAUGUCUAGGUAUAGUUACAUUAUUAUGAAUUCUAUUUAAUUUUAUAAACAACUGUAAUCUGUCAUAUCUUCCUUCAUAAGGUGCAUGUAUUUAUCUCUCAAAUUGAAUUAUCUGUGACAUACUUUAAAUUACUCUAAAUUGUUGUAGCCCAUUUGUCUUAUUUUAUUGCAUGGUAAUUCAGUAGUAUUCAAUUAC